CACACCCGGUGAGCCCUGCUUCUCUCCCCGCCUCAGAGCCGCUCCGCCCGGGCACGAAGCUCCAGAGAGUCCCGGUUUGCCCUCAGUUGAAAAGCAGCCAUGAAUAGCUCCGACAUGACGCCUCUAACGACAGCCUCCCCAUACAUGACCGCAGCUGUGACUCAGACAGAUCCUGUUGCGUCACUUUCUACACAAGCGGCCACCACAGUGUUCCAGGUGGCAACAACAGCAGUUCCUGAAAGUUCUGACUCGACAGUUAUCGCAGUGGUUGUUGUUCUCAUGCUGCUGACGAUCGCCGCUCUGGCUUUCCUGCUCUAUCGAUACCUCUGCCACAACAAAGGCGCCUACCGGACGACGGGGGAGCUGGCUCCGGGAGAAGAUCCCGACGAGGAGCGCAGCAACCAGGCCGCCAGUGAAAAGAAGGAAUACUUCAUCUGAAGGUGGAGAAGGAGGAGGACUCGGGUCCUGAGUGGAGCUUAGGAAGGAAACCAAGUUUAUGAAGGCCUGAAGAGAAAUAGGAAUGUGUUUUUUUUGUUUAGAGUGUUUUUUUGCUGCACACUGGUUCAGAGGAAUACCUUGUUAAAAUAUUUGCUUAAAAAGAAAAAAAAUGCACAGGUGCACAAGCCAAACCAAAGAUGACAUCACUGAAGGAGUGAAUGUUGACGGAUGUGGAGCAGGUGACAGACGCCAGGCGUGUGCAGAUUAGCCGAGCCGGGCUGGAAACAGGUGGUGGGAUUCUGAGACGUCUGCAGUCCCAGUUACAUGAUCAGUAAAUACUCAGCAACUGUUGUGGUGUAAGAUUAGCUCGUAUGUUGCACUAUUCAGCAACUGUCUCUCGGUUCCUCUCUUCUGUAUCUGAUAUGUGGGGUGAGGGCUGGGGUGACGGAGAAAAGAAAAUCUCCAGAUAAACGUUCUCAUAUCGUCAAUAUUGAUCAUUAUCGCAUUAUAUUUCUAUAUUUAAAAAAAAUGUUUUUGCUCCAGAGUGAAGGUUAUUUAAAAUUCUUCCAUGUGCAAAUCUGAGGUCGAUCAACUCAGUGUUAUACCUCCACUGUGCUUAUGUGUGUACUGUAAGCACUAUAUCAAUUUAUAUUGGACUUUUAUUAUGUUAUUGAUGAAUUAUAUUCUCAUAACUGUUGGUGUUUUACUGCUCAGUCCUUUUUUGUGUUGUUUUAUUCUGUUACUGCUUUUUACCGCACAAAUAUACGGAAGAAAAUAUUCUGGUGCCUUCGAGGGUCGUUACCUUUUCCAUUGAUUUGCUUUUAAAAUGCCACUUUUUUUCUAUGCAGCUCUUUUAUAAGCUAAAGUCGAAAAACAAUGUCCCUAUGUGAGUAAAAGGACGGCAAACUUUAUGUUGCAUGUUUUACCUGCCAUAUUUUUUUGUAAAAUUCUUUUCCAGACUUUGUUACUGGUGGCUUCUCUGUUUGAGAUGAAUAUUGGAAGGCAAUAAAACUUGUCUUCGGACUAGUGUCAUCAUC